AUGGCUUGGCAGAGGAUGCAAAUUGGAGGGCAGGAGAGAGUGACACAGAGCGCGCGCAGUGGCCAGCAGAGCGAGUGCGUCCGAGAAUGCGCAGGGAGACCACAGGCAGUAUUGAGUGUAUCUCCACAGAACUGGGUGACUGAAGGAGACUCAGUGCGUCUAAGCUGUGAGGUUACAGACUCCUCUACAGGCUGGACAUUCAGCUGGUACAGAGAGUUUAUCUCAGGAGACAAUGAAGGCCAUAGCAAGUAUAAAAUAGAGCUCCUCUCAGACAGCAGCAGAGGAUCUGGAGGUUCCUACACUCUCAGUGCUGCUGCUUUUAAACACACAGGAGUUUAUAUUUGCAGUGCAGAGAGAGAAGAACAACACUUUUACACAUUCUUUUACAGCAUUCCACAGGCACUAUGGAUCACUGGUGAAUCUCCUCCAGUCUCUCUGAUCAUCAAUCCCAGCAGAACUCAACACUUUACUGGUGACUCUCUCUCACUAAGUUGUGAGGACCAGAGCAACUCUACUGGAUGGACAGUCAGACGAUACACGCACAACAAUAGAGUGUCAGAUUGUUCUAGAGGAGAAUCAGUUACAAGAUAUUCAUGUAAUAUGAGCUUCCUCUCCUCAUUCUAUGAUGGAGUUUACUGGUGUGAGUCUGAAUCUGGAGAAAACAGUAAUCCUGUCAACAUCACAGUGCAUGAUGGUGAUGUGAUCCUGGAGAGUCCUAUUCAUCCUGUGCCUGAGGGACAUCCUCUGACUCUACGCUGUUUAUAUCGCAGCACAAAUUCCCCAAACCUCCGAGCUGAUUUCUAUAAAGAUGGAUCAGUUCUAAAGAAACAGACUACAGGAGAGAUGACCAUUUAUAAUGUCUCAAAGUCUGAUGAGGGUUUCUACCACUGUAUAUACCCUGAGAGAGGAGAGUCACUGGAAAGCUGGGUCUCAGUUCUAGAUCCAGUGGUGGAACAGUAG